AUGUCUACGCCGCUUAGGAUGACGACGCCUCUUGGUGUAUCCUUAUCAUCCGACCUGAAACGUGCCUUGCAAGACAAUGAGAAGCUGACAAGGGACGUGAGCGAUGCAAAACUUUUGAAAGAAGAUGCUGAAAUAAAGCUGAAAAAAAUUAGGGAUAAGCUUAAUGGAGAGCACUCUGAGAAGUUGGGAAAGUUGAAUGAUAAGUACAAGGCUGUACAAGAAGAACUGAAAACGAUGAAACAGAGUUGGACGCAGUUGAAACGGGAGAAAGGAGUUUUGGAAACUGAAAACCGUCGUUUGGAAACUGCAAAAAGGGAAUUAGAUCGGCAACUUUCAGGAAAAAAUGAUGAAUUACGAAUGGCAGAUGUGGAAAAAGUCGAAGAUGUUAAGAUGAUUCGGGACCUGAAAGCAGGGAAACGGCCACCUUUCAAAACUGAAUUCAAAAAUCUCAUCAGCAGGAGCGAGAAGUUUAGGAGAAUAGAGAUAGCGAGAGCUGAACUUCAGCGAUGUGGUGAGAAAUACCUACAAAUACAGUUAUUUAAAGUGAUUUUAGGCGGCGAAUCUUCUGAAUUUUACCGCCUUCUUCUUGGAAGAUUGAGUAAGUUGGGUCUUCUGAAAUGGAAGAUGUCAAAGAGGGAAGGAUUAUAUCUCUAUCACGCCAGCAACCUCACGAGAAGACGAUUCACCAAGUUGAAACAAAUGCUGCGAGGAAGUGGAUGUAUCGAUCCAUUGCCAUCUAUUCAUGAGAUCAAAAAGCUGGAGAAAGUUGUUGGCUCCUCGGAUCAAUUCAAGGUCACCGAGCAUACCGUUGACGGUAAAUCCGUGGUCGCCGUUCAUCUGCUCGACGUCGUCAAAAUGUUAACUGAAAGGAUUAAUGAAUUAGUUGCUAAUGGAAAGAUGGUAGUUGGAGACGAUCCUAUUUGGCUUACGAUCCUCGGCGAUAAAGGAUCAGAAGAAUUCAAGUUAUGUUUGUCAAUUGGAAAUGUCUCCCAACCUAACAGCUGUUUCCAUCUAAUUCCACUUGGCAUUUUCAAUGAUGACGAAAGCAGUGAAAACAUUCGAAAGUAUCUAGGUCCCAUCGUUGAACAACUCAAUCGAUUAUUAUUCCUAAAGAUAAAAGUAGGCGAUAAGGACAUUGAUGUACCUGUGGAGCAGUAUCUUGGGGGAGAUAUGAAGUUCCAAUGCGAUGCUAUUGGUCAUGAGGGAGGAAACAGUACCUAUCAGUGCAUGCAGUGCUUUUCGCUACGAGGGCAGUCGAUCAGCAGGUACCUUCGCAGAUACAACAUUGAGCUCAGAACUCCGGAUGACUACAAGAGAGAUAGCUCCAAACCGUCCAAGCCAUCACAUCAUGUCGCAAGAAGAAACGUUGUACAGAAUUCCAGCUUCUUGUUCGAUCUCAUCAGUUUGUUCAACGUGAUUCCUCCAUCCUUGCAUAUCAUCAUGGGAGUAGCCCAGAGAUUCGCGUUUGACUACCUGAUUCUUUGGGCUGCAAGGUUGGAUAACCCCUCCAUGCAAUUAAAAAGGGGUGACAUCAAGAAAACCAGGAUCUCGAAGGCAGUAGUCAAUGAUAGAGCUGAAAAACUGGAGGAGCUGGAAGAAUUUCUUUCAGGAACAAAAUGUGCUCUUCAGGUUGUUCAAAAUUUCAAGGAUCGUCAAGUCAACGGGUACAAGUCACCAGCCGAGCCGUGUAGAGCAGCGAUGUGCUUGUUCAAGGACAAGACUAUGAAACUGGCAACUUCAUACGAUGGGCGCAAAGUGGACUGUCAGACUUGUUCCAAGUCUGUACACGGCGUAUGCUGUGGGCUGUGGGACCCUGAAAGUUGGAAGCUUACCACUGAAGAUUCUCCUGACGUGGAUUGCUUCGAGUGUCGAUCCAUGACGGUGAAUCGCAUCGAGAUGGAAGCUGAAUCCACCAUUGCACAUCUGGAAAAUGAGAAGAAUAAAUUGAUGGAAGAUUUGAGAUUAGCUCAAGCAGAAUACGAUAGUCUCAUCCAAACCGCGGGGGGGGGGGGGCAGAACAAAACGAGAAAGCGGCUUGAGGAAAUUUGGAAACGCCAUGGUGCUGAUAUGUCUGCCUGGCAGCAGAAUUUCACAGGAAAUCACACGCUAAAAUUAUUGGAAGAAGCUGCGGUCCUCGACUAUCUAGGCAUUUUUCCUGCUGGUUCAGAUCGUGACGGCAUCGCGACUUUUCUCAUUUCACUUGGCAAAUUGCAAAAACUAUGCGUUGCCCGAACACUGAGUGAUGAUGAAAUUAAACUAAUGGAUCAACACAUCAAUGACCUUUGGGAAGCCCUAAAAAGCUACGCUCCUGAUGACGUCGUCACUCCAAAGCUUCAUGUGCUCUUGGAGCACGUGAUGCCGUUCGUAAACGCAAAAAAGACCUGGGCGUUGACUAGUGAGCAGGGUAUCGAGUCUCUUCACUCGUGGUACAACAAACUCAAUGCUCAAAUCCGAACUUCUGCAAAGUUAUCUACGCGGGCAACAUAUUGCUUUAAAAUGAUUUUCAUUAAAUGUUACGUUUAUGCCACAUGCGACUACAUUCGUAAUUAA